AUGACUGAUUUUGACAACGCCUCCCGUGGUUACAUCGGCACUUUAGAGCCCGGUGUCAUCAAAACCCAAGCUGGCCAGCUUGCCUGGGACAACAGUGAAUAUGACUUCGUGCAAAGAGGCAACUGCCCAGAGAGUGUUCAUCCGAAACUAUGGCGACAGGCUCAGCUCUGCACCAAACACGGCCUCUUUGAGGUGGCACCGGGUGUCUACCAAGUGCGCGGAUUCGACCUGUCAAACAUGACACUAGCUGAAGGCCAAAAAGGAGUGAUAAUUAUCGAUCCUCUGAUCUCGAAUGAAUGUGCUGCUGCUGCCUUCUCACUUUACAAGAAGCAUCGCGGUGAACGACCACUCACCGGGUUGAUCUACUCACACUCUCAUGUGGAUCACUUCGGCGGUGCCCGAGGUGUCUUAGCAGAGGGAAUGGAAAAUGAAAUCCCAAUCGUCGCACCAGAAGGCUUUAUGGAAGAAGCAACAAGCGAGAAUAUCUAUGUCGGCACAGCCAUGCGACGCAGAGCGAGAUUUAUGUAUGGAUCAAGCUUGCCGCGGAAUCCGGAAGGGCAAGUUGGAUGUGGACUCGGCAUGGCAACAUCGCAAGGAACGACUUCAUUGAUCCCACCAAAUAUGCUCAUCGCAACCACUGGCGAGGAGCGGGUGAUUGAUGGCGUCCGCAUCGAGUUUCAGAUCGUCUCGGGCACCGAAGCUCCUUCGGAGUUCAACUUUUAUUUCCCUGACAGCAAAUCGCUUUAUAUCUCCGAAUGCGCAACUCACUGUAUGCACAAUAUCAUUACCCUUCGUGGUGCUCUUGUUCGAGACUCCAAGGCCUGGUCGCAAGGUCUCGACGAAAGUCUGGUUCUGUUCGGUGACCGAGCGGCAGUGUUGUUCGCCGGACAUCACUGGCCGACGUGGGGCCAACGGGAUAUUGCUCGCUUGCUUGUUGAACAGCGUGAUAUGUAUGCUUUCAUGCACGAUCAAACUGUUCGUCUCAUGAAUGAAGGACUCACUGGCGUUGAAAUUGCCGAGAAGCUGAGCCUUCCCCCGACUCUUGAUAAGGCCUGGCAUAUUCAAGGGUACUACGGUUCUCUCAGUCAUAACAUCAAAGCCAUAUACCAGCGUUAUAUGACUUGGUUCGAUGGAAACCCGGUGAAUUUGUGGAGGCACACCCCGACUGAAGAAGGAAAGCGAUAUGUUGCUUGUAUGGGUGGUGGAGAUAAGACGGUGGCAUUGGGAAACGAAUAUGCCGCAAAGGGAGAUCUUCGAUUUGCAGCAACCCUUCUUGGUCACGUUAUCGCCGCAGAGCCAAAACAUCCUCAAGGGCGCAAGUCCCUCAGCGCCGUCUUCACGAAGCUUGGCCACGGAGCAGUCAAUGCGACCUGGCGGAACUUUUACCUGACCGGGGCAAUGGAUCUUGAACAAGACGCAACUCCAGCUCUGCCCCCAGGAGGCAAAGUACCAGGCCUCAAUCCACUGAUGAGCGUGGAUCAAUGGCUGAGUGGGAUCUCUGUUCAAAUUGACGGACCCCGUGCAGCUAGCGAGAAUGUUGUCAUUGACAUCAAGCUCACUGACCAGGGCCAGACUUGGCGCUUGACUUUGAGCAAUGGUGCUUUGACAUACCGAGUGGCGUCUGAUGAUACGCCUAUCACUGGAGGGGCGGGCCUACAUUUGACGGCUACCAAGGAAGAGAUGGGACAGUUGCUACUGGCCCGGAUGAAACCCGAGUCUAAGGCCUUUAAGGGUGAUAUCAAGCUGUUUAAUAGAUUGUUGCAAUAUUUGCCGUGGGCAAAUAGCUUGGAGAGCCGACUUUAG